AUGGAAUUACCUGAUCCUCCACCGCAUCCUUCACUAAUACUGAAGGAUCCGUCGCUCAUUAAAUCUGUGGAUGAGCGGGUAAGUUUUGACCGAGAGUCUGAGCAAUGGAUAUUUGAAGACACUGAAUCUGAAUACCAAUACAACUUUAUACUACAGAAGUGGUUACCAGUAAAAAGAAAUCAGGUAAUUGAAGAUGAUGGGGAUGUAGUUUCAAAUAGGGAUGUAGAAAUAGACGAAAACAAGGAUGAUAUAAAAAGGGCCAAGAGGCAGAAACUUGAAGAGAUCAAAAAGCCACAGGCCACCACCACCAAAGUGAAUACAGGGAUUUUUAUUUCAAAUUUACCUGAAGAUGUAACUACGAAUGAAUUAGAGGAAACAUUUGGAAAAUUUGGACUCAUAUCUGAAGAUUUCAAAACCGGAGAUAAAAGGAUCAAACUAUACUAUGAUGACAAUUCGAAAUUUAAAGGCGAGGCAUUUAUUAUAUUCUACAACAAAGAAAGUGUAGACCUUGCUAUUCAAAUGCAAGAUGAUACAAGUUUUAGGGGCAAAGUAAUCAAAGUAGAGCCUGCAAGAUUUGACCCAAAACUCAAUGGAGAUACGACUAAUCCUACCUCAAAUGCACAAUCUGGAACUAAAAAGCUGCUAACUUUGGAAGAAAAGAAACUCUUACAAAGUAAGACGCAAGCCAUGAAACAAAAGCUAGCAGAUUGGGGCGAGGGUGAAGCUGAAAUUUCGAGUAAUUCAACCUUACCUAAAGCAGACUUUAUUAGGAGAAAGAUAUGGGACAAAACAGUCGUCAUCGAAAACAUGUUUCGGUUGGCUGAAUUACAGAGUGACCCAACUCUUGAGCUUGAAAUUAAACAAGAUAUUCAAGAGGAGUGUGAUAAGCUAGGAAUAGGAAAUGAAAUUACCAAAAUUUUUGUUCACGAUAUAAGUAAAUCUGUCACUGUGAAGUUCAGCAAUGCUGAACUGAGUGAAAAAUGCAUAGCUGGGUUUGGGGGAAGGUAUUUUGAUGGUUUGAAGUUAUCAGUUAAGAAAUAUUCGGGUGAAAAGCUUUCUCAUAGUAAAAGUAAUGAGAGUAACUCAGAGCGGAUAGAAAAGUUUGGUGAUUGGUUAGAAGAUGGGCCCAAGAGCUAA